AUGGCCGACGAUGUGGCGGUCAAGCUUGCGGUCCUCAUAGACGCGGACAACGCCCAACCCAACAUGGCGGGCGUGCUGCUCGCCGAGAUCGCCAAGUACGGCACCGCCUUUGUGAAGCGCGCCUACGGCGACUGGACGGGCACCAACCUCCGCGGCUGGAAGGAACAGCUCCUCGAGAACUCCAUCCUGCCCAUCCAGCAGUUCGCCUACACGCAGGGCAAAAACUCGACCGACGCCGCCAUGGUCAUUGACGCCAUGGACCUGCUGUACUCGAACCGCUUCGACGGCUUCUGCCUCGUCUCCAGCGACAGCGACUUCACGCGCCUGGCCUCGCGGAUCCGAGAGUCGGGCCUGCUCGUCUACGGCUUCGGCGAGCGCAAGGCCCCCAAGGCCCUCGUCAGCGCCUGCGACAAGUUCAUCUACAUUGAGAACCUGUCCCAGAACGUCGACUUGGCCGGGGACAUUGCUGUCCGGACGCACAGGGUCGCCGGGACCCCGGCCGCCAAGUUUGUCACGGCCCAGAACCUGAUCCAGGAGGCCAUAGAGGCAAAGUCGGAUGACGACGGCUGGGCGAACCUCGCCGACGUCGGGUACCUCAUCACCAAGUGGCAGCCGGACUUUGAUGCUCGCAGCUUUGGAUUUCUGAAGCUGAGCCACAUGAUUCGCUCGGAUCCGUUGUUGGACGUUACCAAGCGGUUUCCGGGUGAGGGGAAGCCCCCGGUGGUUUAUGUCCGGGGCAAAAAGCGAUCCAAGUAA